AUGCAACCGGCCUUGCAAGCUCACCAAGCCCAAGACAGCCUCAUCAGUCCUCAACGUCGACGACCGGAUGAGGAUGGGUCGGCCAGCAGCUUGAAUCAAGAUAUGGUCUUGGAGGAGGUUCGACGGCAGGUUCAUAUGGCCAUGCAGGGAAGGGACCAAGAAGUACGUGCACUCAAACAGCGUAAUGAAGAGCUUGAAAGGGCACUGGUUGAAGCGAAUUCAGUGAUGCGAGUGUAUGGUUCUGGGGGAGGAAGCAGGCCAGCUACAGCAGAGCCAGGAGGACAACGACAAGAUCCUCCUGGAGCGCAAGCGGGCCCUCAGGCUUCUUCAGGGGAUCCAGGACGCUUUCGAGGAAGGUCCAGAGAACCCCGGGGUUAUCCUUCAGGAACAGACGGAGGUGAACUUCGUGAUGAUGGACUGAAGGGACCGCCGGGUCCUUGGUCAGGAGCUGCCCAAACCACGGGGCCCAGAGUCGUUCCACAAGAAGCGCGACCUGGUGGCGAACAUGGGCAAGCAGCUGGGAGUCAAGGAGAUGGAGCAGUGGAACCGCUUCACCUGCUGGUGGAGGGAAUGAGGCAGUUGCAACAGGCCUACAUCGGGCGUGGCGAGGCCCGAGACACAGAGUUGAAGGGCAGCAGUAUUCAGUUGCCUGAGAUGCCAGAGCUCACGGCGGACAGCGCAGUUCUCUUUGCGGACUGGGUCUACGAAGUGGAGCAGGCGGUGGGCGGCUUGAGCGACAAGGCUUCGUUGUGGUUUUCGUUGUGUCUGAAGGCGGCGAGGGAAGCCUAUGACCUGUACCAGGUCAGUGAUCCAUUGACUCGUUUGUCAUUGGAACCUGUGAGAACUGAGGAACUAUGUGAAGAGCGAUGGAGUCGGCUUGAACGCAGAGUCCUGACUUUGAUGCUGGCGACUUUGCGCAAGCAGGCGAAGGACGAUGCAGUGACGCAUCGUAUCAAUACGGUCCCGGGCUUGCUCUACCGCUUGCAUAUCUUGUAUGCCCCGGGACGUGCGGCGGAACGCGCCUCCAUUCUUCGACAGCUGGAGGGCCAACUGGGCACGACGAGUAUUGUGGACACCGUGGCAUCCCUGAGAAAGUGGAGACGUCAGCUCAAGAGAGCUGAGGAGAUGCGAGUGUCCAUACCGGACUCUUCGUUGCUGUUGAGAGGGGUAGAGACUUUGGCAAGUAAGGCGGUGGAGGCCCACAGCGACAUCAAGUUCCGCUUGGCUCUUUCAAAGAGCCAGUUGCAGCUGCAGUACCGGCCGACCCUUGACGGCGUCUUGAAAUACUACGACCACAUCCUGGCGGAACUCCAACAGGCAACGCCGGCGAGGACAUCAACUACUACGACUUCGGCUGGAGCGGAUGCAACCAAGCUCAAGGGAAUGAACGCCAAUGGAGUUGGAGCUGGAACUGGUGAGACCUCUUCACCUACGAGGCGAGGAGGAGCAGGGAAUCAGCAGCCGGGAAAUGGUGGCAAGGUUCCGUGUCGUUUCUUUGCUUCGGAUGCUGGCUGUACCAAGGGUCAGGCUUGCAAGUUCGACCAUACCUUUGCGAGCAAGGAGGCCAAGAAGAUGAAGUGCUGGUGUUGUGGUUCAGUGCAACACAUGCAGAAGGACUGUCCUGUGAAGGCUGGUGCCUCCUCACCUACAAGGGGCGGUGCAGCAUCGAGAACUCCGAAUGCAGCCCCGAGCACCACGGCAUCCACUACACAGGCUUCUACGGCAACACCUAUGCUCAACCAGGCCGCUGUCCAGCACCAGCAAGCAAUCCUCGAGUCUUUAAGCUCCGCUACCACUAUGAUGCCUACGAUGACUACAGCAGCGCCCUCGACGGGACCAGCCUCCGGUACGACCACAGGAGGUACAGCAACCUUGGAGGGCCCACACUCCUAUGACAAGGCGCAGGAGAUCACAGCGCUUCUACAGCAGGCCAAUGCAAUGCUGAACCAGCUGACAAAGCUCCAGGCCCUACAAGUCUCAACCGACACAAGCCUACGGGGUUUGGCAUCACAAAUGGCUGAUUUGGGUUUCAAUGAAGAGGAGCGUUUGGCGCUCUUGGACUCUGGAGCAUCACACCCCUACCGCGAAAGGCAACUUCAUGAACCACUACCACAAGUUCCAGUUCGAGUGGAACUGGCAGGAGGCAGAACAAUCACUCUCCAGCAAAAUCAGGCUGGAACGUUGAUGCCGACUACCAAGGAUGUCGAGGCGGAUGACUCAGCCACUAUCUUGCCAAUGGGAGCCCUGGUCCAGCAGCUGGGCUGUGAUUUGACUUGGACCAAACGUGGAGGCUUGAAAAUCGUUCACCCUCAGUUUGGAACCCUCAAAACAAUCGUGAAGGGCAACUGUCCAUUGCUUGGGGAGACCCAGGCCCUGUCGUUGAUCAACCAGUUGGAGCAACGGAAGCUACAGGAACUUCGGGAAAGCACGGCGGAAACCUUCCUGGGAACCAUUGCGCUCACCGAGGUGAAGGACUGGGACGAGCUCUUCAUGAUGUACACCCAGACCGGGAGCAGAACGUCUAUGUUGCAGGCUUUGCAGUCUCCGGGCUCUCCUUUGAGUUCUAUGGGUGGUGAGUUGAGGGCUAUGUUGUCCAUUGAGGUUGACUUGAGUGAGAGCGCGGGCAAGGAGUAUCUCAAGUCUUUGCCAAUGAGAAGGUCCCAGAGGAAGUCAUUGCUGUUGAAGAGGUGGGCGGUUAAGCUGUACGAACGAGAAGGUGAAGACUCGGAGGACUUCAAGGUGUUGGAGACUGACAAGGUCGUGUACGUCAAUGUCAACAUCCAUCGGAGCAAGGGUUUCUCAAUGAGGGGAGACAGUCCGAUGUAUCGGGCCUUGAUGUGGGCUGCUUGUAGAGGGCAGCUGGAAGGUCUUGUUGGCUCACCUCCAUCGAACUACUGUGCUGAACUAUGUGCUCGGCAACUGCUGUUGUGGAUGGUUGCAAAGGAAGGAGCUCGACUUCAUCGUCAGGUAAGCCCCUACAUCUUGAUGACCAUGGACCCGGAGUCUGGCUGGUGGAAGACGCCAAUGUGGCAGGGUUUUCAACGUGAGUACCAGAUUCCUGUGAGCCAGGCGUCUCCAGCUGGAUCCUCAGAGUCUUAUUGUACGGCUACGAACUUGGAGCUUUCUGGAGAUGAUGAAGGCUGGGGUCCUGGAGUGGAUGCCACGAACAGGGUAGCGGGAUGGUCUGUUGGUUUUCAUCGGAUGGUUGUGAAGGGCAUCCUUGCUUGGAGGAAGAGGCCGGAACCACUGAUGCUGUUGAGUGCUGCGGUUGGUUCAGGAGCUAUGAGUGCAGAAGAACUUCGGAAGUGGCGUCGCCACGUGGCCAACGGCCAUCUCCCGUACAAUAGACACUGCAGGACUUGUGUGGAGACCGCGGCUACAGGCCGUAGCCACCGACGUGUCAUUGCACCUAGCUGCUACACUCUCUCGCUUGACCUCGCGGGUCCCUUCAGAGUCAAGGGUGAGUCAGGUGAUGCAAAGGGCUACCGUUACGCUCUCAUCGGCAACUACACUAUGCCAUCCACCUUUGGUUUCAAGGACUACAAAAUUCCUGAUGAACUACCACCAGAAGAACCCCCAGGAGGGCAUGACGAUGGAGUACCAGCUGAACCAGAAGGUGGAGUUGGACAUAUCUCGCUUGAUGAAGAGGACGAUCUUUUCAAGGAGGCAAGGGAUGAGCUCCCGGAGAACACUCGGGAGAAUCAGAAGGAGAUGGAUGCUGCUAAUGAUGAGUACCAGAAACUCUUCAAGGAGAUCAAGGACACUCUGACCUACCAGAACUUGCACUUCAUGUUGCCUUUGAAGACUCGUGUGGCCUCGGAAGUGGAAGCAGCUAUCCGCCUUCUCUACCUUCAACUACGAGCUGAAGGACUGCCAGUUCAGCGUGUGCACAGUGAUCGUGCAAGAGAGUUGCGCGGCCAGGGAAUCAGAAGAUCGUGUUGGCCGCUUGCAAUGGGGCAUGCAGCAUGGGCUCAGAGGGAGUGCGCUCUGGGUCGCUCUGGCAAUGUGGUUCCGUUUGGGGCUGCAGUCUCGAUCAAGGCCAAGGUGUUUGGACAAGGUGGAAAGUUCGAUCUCAACAACAAGUGGGACAGUGGCGUGUUCGUUGGGCCGGCUACUGAGCUACGGGGCGGAUACGUGGUGCGGGACGUGAAUGGACGCUAUCUCACAACAAUGCACAUGAAGACGAACGUGGUGGAUGUUGAUGAGUUAGUGGGUCCGGCGACCGCUGAGGCAGUUCUGCCUGUGCCGGUGAAGCGUGUGAUGAAGCCGCUGACUGUGCUGGAGCAACAGAUUGAGGAGCUGGCUGCAGAGUACGAUGUGGAUGAGCGGUAUGAUGAGCAAGCCGUUUUGGAUGUCUACACCCUUCUGGAGGAUGCCUGCGACUACGACUACAGCGUUCUUUACAAGGGUGGCGAAGGAGCUGAUGGGGAGGUGGCUUGUGGGUUGAAGGACCUCCUGGUGAUCAAUGGAGGCAAGAAGUGGCAUGAGACUCAACCUUUCCAAGGGGACCGCGUUGUGAUGAUGACAUACACGCCACGCACCAACAACCUUUCUGAAGAAGAUCGGCGGGAACUUUGGGAAAUGGGUUUUGAUCUUCCAGAAGACCAGGAACCCCAACCGCGCGAGGAGAAUGUGAAGCUGAAGAAGCAGGAGUACAUCCUUGAUGAGGACGGAGCCCUGGAGACCUUUGUGAAGGACGAAGUGUUUGAGGAGGAGGCCGGUGUUAUGGAGCAGUCACUACUGAAGGUCAAUGAGCUGCAGCAACAGAUGGUGGAAGAAAUGGUUGAUCGUUCUUCACUUCUACAAGACCUCGUUGAGGAGGAGGAAGAGAGGCUACAGGAUCUACAUCAGACCCAACACAGCUGUGUCGAGAGCACCAAACAGGUUCAUGGCGAGAUCAUGGAGAUGUUGGAGGCCUUGACGGACCGAAUACGACAACAGCAAAGGGUCCGUGAUGAGAUGCUGGUGUUAAAGGACUACGAGCAGCUACUUGCGGAGCUUGACGGAGACCUGCAGGUGACCCACACAGUGCCAAACGUUUGGAAGCACUUGGACAGCUACGACUGGUUCCGAGCAAGGGAGUAUUUACAAUCAAGCCUCCGAGCGAAAAGGGAGGUGGCUACAAGCGAAAAUACAGAAUGGUUCUCUGCAGCUGCAGAAGCUCAGGGGUCGUUGUAUGCUGGUGGCAUCAGUGCUGAAACGCUGAGGGCAUUGUUAUCCUCGACUUCGGGUUUUGGAUGGAGGGGCGCUACCACUGAUAUUACGACGGCUUUCCUCCAGGCCUUGUGGCCUGAAGGGAUGCCAAUGUAUGCUGUGGUCCCACCGAGAUUGCUGUGCGACCUUGACUACGCAGAUGAUUCAGAGGCUUGGUUGGUUCUACGCCCACUUUAUGGACUGAGGGAAUCCCCAGCUAUUUGGUCCUCACAUCGGAACGACCGGUUGCGAACUUUGAAGAUCCCUUACAAUGGAGGUUUUGUCACGCUCAGACAGUCUAAGUCGGACUCAGAGUUGUGGUUUGCAAUCAACGACUCCGGUGAGGAGGAGGGCAGGGGAACGCUCGUCGGUCUUUUGGUGACCUACGUCGACGACUUGUUCUACAUUGGACCUCAGCGGCUAGUGUUGGCAAUGCAUGGCUGGGUUAAGGCUGAAUGGCCGUGUUCGGACCUGCAGUGGGCUUCGGAUCCAGGAGGUGUUCGAUACCUUGGAAUGGAGAUCUUUCAGAGGGAGUCCGGGGAGUAUGAGGUUGCGCAAAGCGGCUACAUUAUGGACCUAUUACGAGCACAUGAUCUACUACAAGCUCCCCAGACCCUUCUUCCGUGUCCGAAGGAGUGGGUCACCGAUGACGUGGACCAGGAGCCAGAGGAUUUUUCGGAGGCCGAUCUCCGAUAUGGCCAACGGUUGAUUGGAGAGCAGCUUUGGUUGGCGAUGCGUUCAAGACCGGAUAUUCAUCACGUCGUCAGCUACAUGUCUACCUGGGUGAGCAAGCAUCCAAGACGGGUUUCCAAGAUAGCCUUGCGGGUGUUGUCCUACUUGCACAAGACGGACUCUCCUGUAGCAUGGCGUUGUGGCCGUCAAAGCUUUACAAUGCUUUCGAUCAUGGAGUCGGAGCUCUAUCAAGCGACGGAAGCGGCUGUUUUGAUCGAAAAUGUUGGUGCGUUACUGGAUGAACUAGCUGAGUGCAGGAUACACCGACUGUUGCGAGUUGACAAUGCGUCUGCUGUGUCGAUGUUGGGUGGUGGGCCAGGGAGCUGGCGUACACGCCAUCUGAAGGUCAGAUCAGCCUAUCUCUUGGAACGCAUUCAGGAGAAGUUGCUGGACGUGGAGCACAUUGAAGGGAUUUUUCAGAGGGCUGAUUUAUCUACAAAGAUGCAUUCGAAGAUGAGACUUUGGGCUCUCCUCAAGAUGUGGAGGUUUGAAGGACUUCCGGCUGAGGCUGAAACAGCAUUGCUUCUUCAAAUGUUGACAGCUCUUUGUAUGACAAAGGCUCUUCAGAGCAUUCCUGGUGCAAAGGCGGCGGCUGCUACAGAUGCUAUGGCUACAGUGACGGUUGCAGGAAUGGAUGAGCUGUUACUGUUCACUGUCAUUGCUUGUAUCGUAGCUGUGAUUGUGUGGGAGCUUCUGAAGCGAGUCGGAAGUUUUCUCUGGAGGCUGUGUUGCAAGCCUAAGCCUGGACGCAGAGCAAAGAAGCUGAGGGAUAUGGCACGUGCAGCAGCAGAGGCGGAAGUGGACAGAGUUUUCACUGGCCCUGCACAACAUGUGGGAGAGACGAGCUCAUCCUCAUCAUCAUCCUUACCAUCGUUUGCACCGAGCCGCACAAUCAAAACUGCUGACACCCGGACUGUUGGAACGCAGACUUUGGACUGGGAGAGGACAAGAGGACCUUUUCCAGUAGAAGCAACGCCACCAAGGGGCCUUGUGGCGCCUAUCCAAGACGACAAUCAGUAUUUCAACUUUGAUGGCCCCUUUUACCGAACUGAACAUGGAGACACGAUCCACACAAGAAGCGACUGCACAGGUUUUCGACUUGCGACAAGUCGA